AGCAGCAACAUAAGCACAGAACCUGCGGUCUUUGGGCUUUCGCCGGACGCAGCAGAAACGGAAGUGGCCAAAAGCGAGGCCAUAAAACGGCACGCAUAGAAACAGCAAUCGAGACAUCAGGCAGAGCCACUCCCCCUCCUCAACAUGUACGCCGCCCUAAUGGACGUGGGCCAGACGUUGGCAGCCAGUCUGGCGGAAGGCGGUGGCAACGAGAGCGGCCUCCUGGCAACGCAGGAGGGGCAGGGUCUGGACUUGGAGACCGGUCACAAUGCCAGCGCCGAUGGCGGAAUAGUGCCGUAUGUGCCCGUGCUGGACCGCCCGGAGACAUACAUUGUCACCGUGCUGUACACGCUCAUCUUCAUUGUCGGCGUCCUGGGCAACGGCACGCUGGUCAUCAUCUUCUUUCGCCACCGCUCCAUGCGCAACAUACCCAACACCUACAUCCUGUCACUGGCCCUGGCCGAUCUGCUGGUCAUCCUGGUGUGCGUGCCCGUGGCCACGAUUGUCUACACGCAGGAGAGCUGGCCCUUCGAACGGAACAUGUGUCGCAUCAGUGAGUUCUUCAAGGACAUCUCCAUCGGAGUCUCGGUGUUCACACUGACCGCCCUCUCCGGGGAGCGGUACUGCGCCAUUGUGAAUCCCCUACGCAAGCUGCAGACCAAGCCGCUCACCGUCUUCACGGCGGUGAUCAUCUGGAUCUUGGCCAUCUUACUGGGCAUGCCUUCGGUCCUGUUCUCCGACAUCAAGUCCUACCCCGUGGCCACGCCGAUGGGCAAUAUAACCAUCGAAGUGUGCUCUCCAUUCCGCGACCGGGAGUAUGCGAAGUUCAUGGUGGCGGCCAAGGCGCUUAUCUACUACCUGCUGCCGCUGUCCAUCAUCGGGGCACUCUACAUCAUGAUGGCCAAGCGGCUCCACAUGAGUGCCCGCAACAUGCCCGGCGAGCAGCAGAGCAUGCAGAGUCGCACCCAGGCCAGGGCACGUCGUCAUGUGGCCAGGAUGGUGGUGGCCUUCGUGGUGGUCUUCUUCAUCUGCUUCUUCCCGUACCACGUGUUCGAGCUGUGGUACCACUUCUAUCCCACGGCGGAGGAGGACUUCGAUGACUUCUGGAACGUGCUGCGCAUCGUGGGAUUCUGCACGAGCUUCCUUAAUUCGUGCGUGAACCCGGUGGCCCUCUACUGUGUAUCCGGGGUAUUCCGGCAGCACUUCAACCGCUACCUGUGCUGCAUCUGCGUGAAGCGGCAGCCCCACCUGCGGCAGCACUCCACGGCCACGGGGAUGAUGGACAAUACCAGCGUGAUGUCGAUGCGUCGCUCCACCUACGUGGGAGGAGCAGUUGGCUGUGGGCCAGCUGGCAAUCUCCGGGCCUCGCAGCACAGGAACAGCAAUCACGGAGGAGGCGGAGGGUCCGGUCGUGUGGGCAGCUUCCAUCGGCAGGACUCGAUGCCCCUGCAGCAUGGAAAUGGCCAUGGAACUGGAAUUGGAGCUGGGGUGGGCGGGGCAGCCUGCGGAUCAGGCGGUCGGGCAUCGGCGGCCGUGGGCGAAAAGAGGUGAGGCACGCUCAUUGUGGAGCUGCGGGAGGAGGAGGAGGUGGUGGUAUCCUUGCAGGCCGACGAGCAGCUCUGAGCGGAGACAAUGGGCCUAUGAUCUCACUUUGUGCUUGCACCACCCGCACUUUGAAUCACGCACUCUGCACUCUAAUACCAAGUGAUUUGUUUGUCAGUGCGAAGCUGGACUAAUUUCAAAUGGCACCUAUCCACGCGGUAAAUGGGGCUAUAAUGCAUCAAAGGAUGGACGAUUUCGGCACCAAUAGCACUUCUAUCUAACUCAGUGUCAUUGUACAUAUGUAUGUUACCAACAAACUUUUACCCAUUAAGAGUACUACACAUUUUAUGUAAUGUUAUCGUGUGCCAUACCUCUAUUGUACGUUAUGUGUUAAUUAAGUAAGUCUCUCAUAGCACAUUAAAUGUAACUCGUUAUUACCUGCCCCCAGUGCAAUAAAAUAGUAUUAUAUAAGCCACAGACCCGAAACACAGAAACCAAAAUGGAAACACACUCCUAGCUAAUUACCGAAUAUGGAAAUUGCUUAUAUCAAUAGGCUUAAAGGAUUUUAGCAUACGAUUACUGUAAAUAAAUGAAUUCCAUAAAUGUUAAUCGCUUGAAUAUUGUGCUAAAUGGGUCUGUAAUUUUAGAGUCGAAAUAUUGAAAGCUUGGACCAUAAAAACAGAACAAAUCCAGUUAUAUAAGUCGUUACGAAAGUGACCGCAUGCGUUACUAAACUUAGGCUGC